CUCGAAGUGUAGUCAGAGUUCGUUCUCCGUAUUUUUUUUGAACCUUGUUGUCGUUCGAUCAUUGGCUUGUCUCUUCUGCUGACGUAUGCACAAAAUUCCGUGAUGAAAAUUUACGUCUUCAUUUUACACCAUCAGCCAUCAGCGAGAUAGAAUGUUUCCCGAUGCUUGGGGUGGUACACUGCUACCCGGCGGCGUGUUGUCCUCCAACGAUGGUUCUGAGGAAACUUUUUACGAGCUCCAGCUAAUCUCGGCGAAAAAUUUUCUGGACAGCGACGUAAAGCCACCUGCGUUUUUUGUCGACCCAAAUCCGAAGUGGAAAUGGGACGACAGGGGGCGCGAAGAUGUUGCUGGUAGUACAGUGGGAGAAGGAGGGGAUGAUGUCCUGCAGUACGUCUAUCUUCUCGAAGAAAGGGAGGAAAACCAGAACCAGUUUACGGAGUCAACAUCAUCGCACCAGACCAAAGAUACAAAUAAACCAGAAACAAUCUACAUCCCAGUUGGGAAAAAAACCUCGGAUGUUUGUUUCGCACUACCUUCGACGUUCCCUGCGGCUGGUGCAGGGGCGGGCCGCUUUGUCGUAUCCGACCAAAACAAACACGAUGGUAAUAUCAAACAAACACUCGAAAUGUCCUUCUCCGAAACUGUCACACCAACAACGGGCACGAGUCGGAGCGUCACAAUCCCGCUUUCCGAGCUCGACACCGUUGUUUCCUUCUACGACGAAGCCUCUCCCGGGUUCUGUUGCUGGGUAGCGCCGAAGAUCAAGUGUUACCACUCCUUAGAGGAAACGAGUGGGGCGGUUCGGGAGGAAAUUGUGGUGCGGGAAACGGGGACAAACAUUUACGAUGCGAUCGAACUCGCGCGGGAAAACCCGGAGGAGCAGCCGCGGGUGAUGAUCUCGCUAAAAACGGUGCGUCGCGGACGGCAAGAGGUCCGGCGGAUGAGAAGGACUGCGGAAGCCGUGGAGAUGGGCAUCGCUGGUGAGGGGAGUAGGAACACGACCAGGGUAAAUUGUGUUCCGGAAAGGGGUCGUGUUCUCGGGAAGUCUUCAGCAGGGAUGAAGUACGACGAGAAGUCCUGCUCUAGUACUGAAGAACAAAGCGGUGAUAAUGUUCUUGAUCCAGUGGCGGUGCCUCGCACGGAGCACCAGCAGAAGGCCUUGAUGGUGUACUACCCGGAAGGAACUGCAUCUUCUUCAAAGAACCCAGAUGCCGAUCUUGAUUCCGAGGAGCCGGACCAGCUUUCGCUCUCCGCCCUGCGCCGUAUGAUGGAGGGGGAUUUAUUCCCUGCGCGACCGGACGAGGAAGCCUCCUCCUCGCCGCAAGAAUUCGUUGCUCGGCCGUCCGCCGCAGAGCGCGUCACCUUUGUCACGGGGGACGAGAGGCUGGAAUACAGGGCGGAGCCGGAACUCUCGAUUUAUGAAAACGAAAGAACGACGAGAAUCAACAUGCCGGGCGGGGGGAGUGCGAGAACCGUAAAUACCGC